GGAUUGGAAUUACUUUUUGUUGGCUCAUCAAGAUAAUGGGCUAUCCUAAUCUGCUUCAUUAAAUUUCAAAGCCUGUGUAGGCUAACUUGAAUGGGCUGAAUCCGCCCGUAUUGACACGGUAUGCCAAGUCAAAAUGGAUAAUAGGUCGAAUUAGAGGGGUAAUUUUUGACCCUUUUGUCAAAAUUAAAGAGGAGGGCUGAUUUAAUGGUAAAUCAUUUUGAGUAAGAGAGAAAGGAGCAAAGAAACAAACCAGUUAACCGUCGUCGAAGUUUCUCGCCUUGUCGCCGUCUACUGGUAGAAUACAUAAACAAAAUACGGAAAAUGGUGACAUCAAGUAUAGUUAAUACAUAUCCACUAUCUAGCUAUACAUUUGGUACAAAAGAACCCAACAUGGAAAAGGAUUCAUCCGUCGUUGAUCGCCUUGCUCGUAUGAAAGUCAACUACAUGAAGGAGGGUGUAAGGUCUAGUGUUGAAGGAAUUCUCUUGGUACAAGAACAUAAUCAUCCUCAUAUUCUUCUUCUGCAAAUUGGGAACACAUUUUGCAAACUUCCGGGUGGACGCCUAAAGCCUGGAGAAAAUGAAAUUGAGGGUUUGAAAAGGAAACUCUCCAGCAAACUUGCAGCUAAUUCUCCUGCCCUUCAGCCUGAUUGGCAGAUAGGUGAGUGCGUGGCCACCUGGUGGAGGCCGAACUUUGAAACCUCGAUGUAUCCAUACUGUCCUCCACACAUAACAAAACCUAAGGAGUGUAAGAAGCUCUACCUUGUUCACUUAUCUGAAAAAGAGUACUUUGCAGUACCCAAAAAUCUGAAACUUCUUGCUGUGCCAUUGUUUGAACUUUACGACAAUGUUCAG